GGCCUGCGCGAUGCGGGACGAGAGACGAGGAGGGUGGGCAAGAUGGCGGCCACUACGGCCGGUGUGGGCCGGCUAGAGGAAGAGGCGUUGCGGCGAAAGGAAAGGCUGAAGGCCCUACGGGAGAAAACCGGGCGCAAGGACAAGGAAGACGGGGAGCCAAAGACUAAGCAGCUCAGAGAAGGGGAGGAGGAAGGCGAGAAGCACAGGGAACUCAGGCUGCGGAACUAUGUCCCAGAGGAUGAAGACCUGAAGAGGAGGAGGGUGCCCCAGGCCAAACCAGUCGCAGUGGAAGAGAAGGUGAAGGAGCAGCUGGAGGCCGCUAAGCCAGAGCCUGUCAUUGAGGAAGUGGACCUGGCUAACCUUGCACCCCGGAAGCCUGAUUGGGACCUCAAGAGAGAUGUAGCCAAGAAGCUGGAGAAGUUAGAAAAGCGGACCCAGAGAGCCAUUGCCGAGCUGAUCCGUGAGAGACUGAAAGGCCAGGAAGACAGCCUGGCCUCUGCAGUGGAUGCCAACACCGAACAAGAGGCCUGCGACUCCGACUGAGGCAUGCCCUGUCCCCUCACCUGCCUGUCAGACCUGUCCUGUAAGACAAUGGUCUUGGGCAAGGGUCGGGGCUGGGCUUGCGAUCGCUUCUAGUUUGGCUUCAGAGCAGUGACUCCCUGCCCCAUCAGUCUGAAAUCCCCCCACCCCCAUGGGAUGAGGUCAGCUCCUUGUCUCCUGAGUGGUCCCCACCACCCUGAGUGGGGACAGAGCCAACAGCAACUCUGUGGGCUUGCUGUGUCUGUACAUAUGCAUGUGUUUUGAACUUUUUUUUUGUCUCUGGAAAUAGAAACAAGCAGACCCCUGUGUGUGGUAGAAACCUAUCAAAUAUUUCCUGGGUCCUUGGGGUGCUGUGGGGUUGGGCCCCAAGACAGGGCAGUUGCAGAAGUGGUGCUUAAUACGAGUAACGCCCUGUGUUGGGCAGAGCAGGUUGAGGCUGGAGGGGUGGGGAAGGCCCAGGCCUGACCUUCUGGGCCCAGGUCCUGACCCAGUCCUUUGUUAGUAGUGGUCGUCUCAAACUCUGGGGUGGCAGAGACAGGGUCUGAGAGGAUUCUUAAGACCUCUCACAGGCCUAGGCCUUGUGGUAGUCUGUGGGACAGCCUGGAGAGGCUCCCACCCUGGUCCUCUGUGGACCCCCUCAGAGUGUGAGAGCGAGAAGGAAGAGAUUGGGCCCAUGAAGUGGGUGAGUUGUGCCCUGGACAGCCUCAACUCUGGGCUGCUCCAGAUUUGAGGCCCCUGGCACUGUUCUUUCCCCCUCUGCCCAGCCCCAGGCAGCCCCUCUCCCCACUUCACCAGUCAGGCCUAGACUAUGGCUUCUCUAGGGCAAGGUGCCUGUGUUGGGGAGGGUGGCCCAUUCUGCUAGAGACUAGGGUAUUGUAAGCUGAGUUUCGGGUGUGGUCUUGGACCCUGGGCCCCCAUGAUCUGGCUUUGGGACCAUGAGCCUCCUUUGUGGAGCUGACUCUCCAGAGCAACUGGCUGGCCACAACUCUGACUCCAGGUACCUGUGGCCAACUAGAAUUUCAUCUCCUCCAGAAUGAUAACACUCUUGAGUUUCCUUCAGGGUUUCCCCUUGAGCCUCCUGCCCCUGAGUCAUCCCAGUGUUUUUUCCUCUGUGCUGACUUCCAGGAACACAAUGGCCCGGCUCUGGUGGGCAGUGCGGAGGACUUGGGCCAUAGAGGUGGAGUGAGUCUUUGCACACAGGGGCCAGCACACUCAUUCAAUAAAGUAAAUGCUUUAGGUUAAAAUUA